AUCGGAGCUUUUAGCCGGAGCAGAAGAACAUAGUUACCCGAUAAUUUGUGAACAUAUUAAGAACUUCAUAUUUCAUUAAGAUACUAUUGGUUUUUAAAGCUAUGAAUUUCCUGACGAGGAGUAUAACUUCCCUAGCGAAGACAUUCACCAAUAAUACCGUACAAGGUUUCGAGAUUGUGAGGAACAUGGCGUCACUUUACAGAAUGCAUUUAAAUGGUCCGCGUCAGAAACUAAGACCUCCUCGGAAACCGUUGGAUGGAAAACCAUUCGCAAAAGGCGUAGUUCUCAAGACCCUUAUAAAGAAGCCAAAGAAGCCAAAUUCAGCAAACAGGAAAUGCGUCUUGGUGAGGCUAUCCACCGGCAAGGAAUUGGUUGCAUAUGUUCCAGGAAUCGGCCACAACCUUCAGGAGCACAACAUCGUUCUCUGUAGAGUGGGAAAAUGCCAGGACGUUCCCGGGGUCCGGAUUAAAUGUGUCCGAGGAAAAUUCGACCUCCCUCACGUCAUAAAGCCAACUAAAUAGACUCGAACAAACCUGCGCUUGUCAAUCCAUUAACAGCCCUUGGUUUUUACUUCUCGUAAAUAGUAAAUUAAUAAAAUAUGUAAAUAUGA